AUUCCCAAAUUUCAGAAACUGAAAUCGCAUUUCACACUACACGACACGGCACAUACAAAGUGAAAAAACAAAAUCCUCAUUUCGUUGGUAGCGGACCUCAGCUCAAACCUCAUCCAUGGCUUCUCUUGUGUGCAACGGCGUCUCGCCCUUGGCACCUCAACCCAGUCGUGAACCCAAACAGAAACCCCUCCUUCCCCCGACCCUGCCGACGAUGAGACAGAAACCGUCACGCUCCGUGGCGGUUCGCGCCGACGUGAGUUACGAGCGAGGCACUUCGACUUCGUCGGACGAGAAGAUCCGGGAAAUCCUCCGGAACCGCGACUACGACAAGAAAUUCGGUUUCAGUUUGGAGAUCGAUUCCUUCGCCAUCCCGAAAGGGCUCUCCCAGGAGACCAUCAGACUGAUAUCGACUCUGAAAGAGGAACCCGAUUGGAUGCUCCAUUUCAGGUUAAAGGCCUUCGAGAAGUUUCUAUCCAUGAAAGAGCCUAAUUGGUCUGAUAACACUUAUUCCCCUAUCGAUUUUCAAGACAUUUGCUAUUACUCUGCUCCCAAAAAGAAACCUUCCCUCAAAAGCCUCGACGAUGCCGACCCCGAACUCCUUCGCUACUUCGACAAACUCGGUGUCCCCUUGAACGAGCAGAACCGUCUCGCCAACGUCGCCGUCGAUGCCGUUUUGGACAGCGUCUCCAUCGCAACCACUCACCGGAAGACUCUGGAGAAGGCCGGUGUCAUUUUCUGUUCCAUCUCGGAGGCUAUUCGGGAGUACCCUGAUUUGGUACGAAAGUAUUUAGGAAGGGUUGUGCCCAGUGAGGAUAAUUAUUAUGCGGCUCUGAACUCCGCCGUUUUCAGCGACGGUUCCUUUUGCUACAUUCCCAAGGACACCAAAUGCCCUAUGCAGAUUUCCACCUACUUCAGAAUCAACGCGUUGGAAACGGGGCAGUUCGAGAGGACUUUGAUUGUUGCCGAUGAUAGGAGUUUUGUUGAGUAUUUGGAAGGGUGCACGGCGCCUUCUUAUGAUAGGAACCAGCUUCAUGCUGCUGUGGUUGAGUUGUAUUGCGGCGAGGGUGCCGAGAUCAAGUACUCCACUGUGCAGAAUUGGUAUGCUGGGGAUGAGCGAGGUAACGGUGGUAUUUACAAUUUUGUGACUAAGAGAGGGCUCUGUGACGGGGCGCGGUCUAAGAUAUCGUGGACACAGGUUGAGACGGGAUCAGCCAUCACGUGGAAGUAUCCGAGUGUGGUUUUGGAGGGAGAUGAUACCGUUGGCGAGUUUUACUCUGUUGCUCUCACUAAUAAUUAUCAACAAGCAGAUACUGGCACCAAAAUGAUACACAAAGGGAAGAAUACCAAAAGUAGGAUUAUCUCUAAGGGUAUAUCCGCUGGACAUUCCAGGAACUGUUAUAGAGGCCUUGUUCAGGUUCAGUCCAAGGCUGAGAAUGCUCGAAACUCCUCCCAGUGUGACUCCAUGCUUAUUGGUGAUAAUGCUGCUGCCAAUACCUAUCCUUAUAUCCAGGUGAAAAAUCCAACAGCAAGAAUUGAACAUGAAGCUAGUACAUCCAAAAUUGGAGAAGAUCAAUUAUUUUAUUUUCAACAAAGGGGAAUAGACUAUGAAAAGGCAAUGGCUGCUAUGAUCUCUGGAUUUUGCCGUGAUGUCUUUAAUGAGCUUCCUGAUGAAUUUGGUUCUGAAGUGAAUCAACUGAUGAGCUUGAAGCUUGAAGGGUCAGUAGGUUAAACUGCUUGUUAAGCAUUGCAAUUUGGAAUUUGCUCGGGCCAUUGGUUCUUGAAAUUGUCGAAGUUCUUAGAGGUAGUGUAAUAGGAAUAAUGUGUACAUGUUGUAUAUAGAUGUUGUCAUGAAUUGUGUUGCAAGUGCCCGAAACAUAAUGAGUUUUGAACCUAAAUAUACGAUCACUGUCAUCCUAUAGUUUUGUUUGUUGUCGUUUCGCUCUGGAUUUCUAUUAUCCAUAUUUUAGUGCUAUGAUCACUGCCAUGAUCUCUACUCACUCUCCUUCCUCCUCUCUUUUUUAUUUAUAAUGCCUAUUUCAACCAUUAUUUGU